CGGCUGAACCGCAUCUCCACGGCUGGGACCGUUUGGGCCUUAGGAUCUCUCUGGAAGGCCGGAAAGAAAAUACACAGUAUACACCUGUUCUGGAGCCCGUGGUUCUUAAAGUCCUGAACAGGAUCCUGUUCCAUCACAGUUUAGAGGCGCUGGCCGGCUUCCUCGGGCUUACAUUCCACCGACCGCCAACACUUUUCCGAUAACUGGCUUUUCCUUCGACACUCGUUACCAACCCUUGGAGACAUGGUGACCAGAAAGCCUCUUCCAGCCAAUGCUGCCCUGGAUCCGGCAGUUCGACGAGAACCAACCUGGUCUUCCGCCAUGGACUCGGAAGCAAACAUGGCGUGGAACGACGAGCGCGAAGGACAGCAACGCCGGGGCGGAUCAGACCGACAAGUCGAUGAUGUGCCACGAUCUCUAAGGCCCGGUCCAAGUUACUCUAACUUAUCAGGCGUCGAGAACGAAAAUGUAUGGGCCGAUAACAGCGCGGAGGGGAACAAGUCUGCGACUGCUGGACAGCCAGGUGACAUUAGCCGGGUGCCGACCGUUCUGAGGCCCGGCGGCAGCGCCCAACUGUCAAGGUCCGGUGCGAUGGAGUCAGAUGAGGUAGGAGGCGAUACUAACCGGAUACCGACCGUACUGCGACCAGGAGGUUCCCACGGACAACCAGAAACUAAUCCGUUCAAGAAAAAGAUGUCAGGAAGUACGCCAGGCAACGAGGGAGAAGACACCUUCCUGACACAACCAACAUAUUUGCCACCCGUAUCACCUGUACUAUUCCCGUCCCUUUCGAACUUGAGCUUGUCUGAAGGUGCCGAACAGAGCAAAAACCCCUGGCAACCGUCACUGAAGCAAAGAGGAGACAGCCCUGCACCACUGUUGAUAUCGGAUCUGCAACAAAAUCACACCGGAGGAGACCCUUGGAAGUCUACAAACGCAUCUCAGCAGCCCACCCCUGGACCAUCGUCGAGCCCGCCAACAUUGCUCUCAUUGCCUUCUCAGGAGGAUUCUGCAAAGUGGGGUGAGCAACGUUCAAGCAAGGCUCCUGAACUUCUACCAUCAAUUACAGGAGAGGAGACACUUGAUGGUUCCCACGCAUGGGAUGACUUGAGUGAUAUGUCCAGAGACAAGGCACCGGGAAACCCGCCUGCAACCACGGGAGACGGUUGGAACUUGAUCGAUAUUGACAUACGUCCCAGCCCCCCAUCACGAAAGAGCACUUGGGAGGAUUUCGCCGACGACGACGAAGAGAGCUCUCCUAAGGCCGUCACCGAGAAUACCAUUACGGCACCUGCCGCGCCUCCUACACCACCGCCUGCCGUAUCUUCUACUGCAACAUCUACCGUGCCCCCUAGUUCAACGCCUGCCGUCGAACAAGCUCCCCCACUUCUUGAAAGAAGAAUGGAACAGAAUGCACCCGAUUUACCACCUAGGUUUACCGAAGCGCAGGCCAGUUUAUCUGCGCAACGAAUACGCCAGGUUGACAGAUCCGAGACAUAUCAAAUCAAGAGGAUUAACUGGUAUGACACCACAGCGGAGAUCAACCCGAGGACGUCGCCGAUUCUGAUUCAGAACGCCAAUGGGCCGUGCCCGCUUCUUGCGCUCGUCAACGCGCUUAUCCUCUCUACUCCGGCACAUCAGGACAAUACGGUCCUAGUGGAGACCCUUCGAUCACGAGAGCAAAUCAGUCUUGGGCUGCUUAUUGAUGCCGUCUUCGACGAACUAAUGUCUGAGCGACGAUUGGGUGAAGAUGCCGUUUUACCGGACGUUACCGAACUCUACAACUUUCUGCAAAGCCUUCAUACCGGAAUGAAUGUUAACCCACGCUUUGUCCCGACCAAGCAAAUGGAAGACGCCUUCAAUCGUACAUCACUCACCAAUUUGCCCCCGACGGAGAGAGGUGGUCAGAUUCCGGGGACGUUCGAGAGUACGAGGGAGAUGAGACUGUAUUCCACUUUCUCCAUUCCCUUGAUCCAUGGUUGGCUUCCGCCUAGAAGUGAUCCGGUGUAUGGUGCAUUUGAGAGACAAGCGGCGUCGUAUGAUGACGCCCAGAACCUUCUGUUCCGUGAAGAGGAGCUGGAGGCCAAGCUGAGCAGCCGCGAUGAACAGGGCUUGACCGAAGAUGAACAGCAAAUGCUCCAGGAUAUUUUCGCCAUCAAAGAUUUCUGGAAAAUCUCAGCCACACAACUUACCACAUGGGGACUUGAUGUCAUUAGAAGUUCGAUGAAGCCAGCGUCUGUAGCGAUUCUCUUCCGGAACGACCAUUUCGCCACUUUGUACAAGCACCCGCAGAAUGGAAAACUCAUGACACUUGUCACGGAUGCAGGAUACGCCACCCAUGACGAGAUAGUAUGGGAAUCGCUGGUGGACGUGAACGGCGAACGAGCCGAGUUCUUUUCUGGUGACUUCCGCCCUGUCGGCGGCGCUUCGCAUGACCUCAGCACCAGUCCUGCAGGCCCGCGGGGAUCAAGCUACACCGACAGCUCAUCAUAUGGUACCUCGGGAGAGGGCAGUGGAUGGACGACGGUUCAAGGCCGUAGGGGACGGACACAGAGUGGGAAUAUGCACGAAGAUGCCCCAACAUCUCCAUCACAUGAACAGGAGGACCACGACCUUGCUCUAGCACUGCAACUGCAGGAAGAGGAGGAGCAGCGUCAUAGAGAAGAACAAGAACGUAGACGCCGGGAACGAGAACUCUCGGAGCAGUUUAUCGAGCAGCAAGCACGCACUUCGAACGGACAGCAAAACCAGGGCCGCGGUCAAGGACAUGCCCGUGGUGGUAGUCUUGGUGGAGGUGGUAGCUUACGGGCCGGCAGAGGUGGCAGUACCGCAAGUCUUGGGAGCCAAAGAGCGGCGGCCUUGGCAUCACGCAGCUCACUAUCGGUUUCUUCCACGGCUCCGUCUACGCGCCGAAGCACCAGCUCGAUGAACGUCUCUGUGAACAAUGGUGGAGGAGCUAGUCCGACAGCGAACAGAACCGGGGUUAGAACCUCGGGUCAAACAGUGAGAUCGCUCAUUCCGCCUCUCCCUGGUCAACAGUCACAGCCCUUCACAAACCGCCCAGCGGAUGAAGGAGUAGAAGACGCUCCGCCUAGCUAUGAUGUCGCUGCUACACAGGCACCAUACAUUCCUCCCGAAGGGCAUCCCAGUCAUCCCACGAGCAGCCCUACAGUGGCUCGCGCUACUAUUGCCAACGGUGCGGGAGCCGCAUCUCCUCCUCGCUCUGGAGCGGCAAGUCCUCCGCAAAGGUUGGGUUCAACCGCGGGUUCAAUGGGAUUGAGAAACCCGUCCCAGGCUCCGGGACAUUCAUCAAUCAGCCAGGCUGGUAGGCCUCAAUCGGGAUUUCCUGAUAACGCGAACAUGGCCGCCCCAAGGCCGAUGAGGCAGGGGAUUCCGCCUGCCGCGGUUGCAGUUCCUGGGAUUCCGAGAGAAGAUAAAUGCGUUAUGAUGUGACUGGUGGUUAACGUGUGGAUUCUCUGUCAAGCAUUUAUGCUGGAGUGGUUUGGUGUUAAAGUUCGGGCGCACGGAUGUAUGUCGUGUCUUGUUGGAGUGUCAUCAUGAAGAACGAAUAAUACCAAAGAGGGAGGAUUGGACUUGGAAAAUGGUUCCUAGUAUUGCUUAUAAGGGCGGUUUUUUUGCGUAGUAUAAGUCUGAUGGCUAGGUAGAUACUACCUGAAAGAGAGCGGUUACAAAUGUGGUCGAACUGGGUGGUAGCAACCGCAACGAUGCUGUCCAGUGUUGUUUGUUUGAAAUUCACAACUCUACAUGACGGGUGAAUCCUGUGGCAGCGCCCGGGGGGUUGGAGGGGAAUAGGCCAAAC